CGCUCCCUUGUACCCAUAAUGCACAGGAGUUCCUGUUAUAACUUGCAUUGUCAUUUACAGAUUAACCAAUAGACAAGAAUGGAUCGCUUAUUAAGACUGGGUGGAGGAAUGCCAGGGCUUGGUCAAGGUGCUGCCCCAUCAGAUGCUCCUGUUGUAGACACAGCAGAACAAGUCUACAUAUCAUCUUUGGCACUGCUUAAAAUGCUGAAGCAUGGACGAGCUGGUGUACCGAUGGAGGUUAUGGGUCUCAUGUUGGGGGAGUUUGUGGAUGACUACACUGUCAGAGUCAUUGAUGUAUUUGCCAUGCCACAGUCAGGAACAGGUGUGAGUGUAGAAGCAGUGGAUCCAGUGUUUCAGGCCAAGAUGUUGGAUAUGUUGAAACAGACAGGAAGACCUGAGAUGGUGGUUGGAUGGUAUCACUCCCAUCCAGGCUUUGGCUGUUGGUUGUCAGGAGUGGACAUCAACACACAACAGAGCUUUGAGGCUCUGUCCGAGAGAGCUGUUGCAGUUGUUGUAGAUCCCAUACAGAGUGUGAAGGGCAAGGUUGUUAUUGAUGCUUUCCGUCUCAUCAACCCGAACAUGAUGGUUCUUGGUCAGGAACCUAGACAGACUACAUCCAAUCUUGGUCAUCUCAACAAGCCUUCUAUACAGGCUCUGAUCCAUGGGCUCAAUAGACACUACUAUUCCAUUGCCAUCAACUACCGCAAGAAUGAACUAGAACAAAAGAUGUUGCUGAACCUGCACAAGAAGAGCUGGGUUGAUGGUCUGAUGCUGCAGGACUACAACACCCACUGCAGCCUCAAUGAGAAAACUGUCAAGGAGAUGCUUGAUCUGGCCAAGAACUACUCCAAGGCUUUAGAGGAAGAGGAAACGAUGACACCGGAGCAGCUUGCUAUAAAAAAUGUUGGAAAAAGGAUCCCAAAGCGUCACUUAGAAGAGCAUGUUGAUGUCCUGAUGACCAAGAACAUUGUGCAGUGUCUGGGCUCCAUGCUGCAUACAGUUGUAUUUAAAUAGACACUUACCGUAUAUCAUCAUGUGGAGUCACCAAUUCUAGCCAAGGGGAAAAACUACAUCAAAUAACGUUUUGUGUACUUGGAAUACAGCAACCAGCUGAUCAUAACACUUGAUGGUUGAACUGGCGUAUGUCAAGGAUAAUGUCAAGGGGAACAGGAACUCAGACAGUUGUAGAAGUUUGAAUAUUGCUUGUGGUGUGGACGUUUGAGAUGGCUGGAUUCAGAAGAGAAGAUGCACACAAGUGCUUAUCUCCUUGUACAUACAACUUUAUGCUCUUGUCAGUUUCCAUUGUAUUGCUUAAGAUCAUUUCAUUUGUACAAAAUUUAUGUCAAUGAAAACAUUAUAAACAA